AUGCCGAUGACCCUACGCGGCAGGCCGAAACCCACCGAUGCCGACCACCGAAAACACAGAAACCCCCUGCACAAACACCCCCACAAACACAAGGAGGGCGACCGUAAGCGUUGGCGACGUGAGGUUACCGAGAAGGAACGCAAACGUUACGAAGGCGUCUGGGCCUCUAAUAAAGGGCUUCUCAUCCCUCCCGAUCCCAGUGGAACCGGGCCAUGGCCACCUAAUGCCUCGGAUAUGGUUUUCAACCUGGUAGUCCGGGAAAUUUGGUCCCGCAGUCGCCUACCGGAGAUGAUUUUGGAGCAAGUGUGGGAUUUAGUCGAUCACCAAAACAUUGGACUUUUGGUGCGUGAGGAAUUUGUGGUCGGAAUGUGGUUGAUCGACCAGUUCUUGAAAGGACACAAGCUCCCUGUGCAAGUUCGGGAUAGUGUCUGGGAUAGCGUGCGGUAUGCUGCGGGUAUUAAGCUCCCCCUUGGGAAAGGCAAGGCCCACGCUUAA